ACUCAUUACGCAGUCCAAUAUGAGUCACUAAAAUAUGUCCGAUCCAUUUCUUCAUAGAGGAUCUUCAGAAUCAGAAGAGACUAGCAAGACAGGCGAUAUUUAGUCUAGUCGUGUGUUUGGGAACGUUUAAUGGAAGAACCCCACUAACAAUCAGUGCAGAUGGCGUUUAUGUCCAGAUUCUCCCGAUCACGGAGCAAUUCCAGGUCUCCUAGCAGAAGGGAUUCAGAAAAAGGGUCACCUGUGUUAAGCAUUGCUGAACUUGAGCGUCUACUGUACACUGGAAAAACAGCUUGUAAUCAUGCUGAUGAGGUUUGGCCGAGACUCUACAUCGGUGACCAAGACAUUGCUUCAAACCGCCAGGAACUUAUCAAGCUUGGGAUCACUCAUAUCCUCAACUGUGCGCAGAGCAAAUGGCGGGGUGGUGCAGAGUACUACGAGGGAAUGAACAUCACCUAUCAUGGCAUCGAGGCCCAUGACUCUCCUUCCUUUGACAUGAGUGUCAACUUUUACCCUGCUGCAGAAUUCAUUCACAAAGCUCUCAGCAUGGGAGGGACGGUGCUUGUGCAUUGUGCAGUAGGGGUGAGUCGCUCAGCUACUCUGGUGCUGGCCUACCUUAUGAUUCGGCAGAACAUGACCCUAGUAGAAGCCAUUAAGACAGUCAAGGACCACCGAGGUGUCACCCCCAACCGAGGCUUCCUCCGGCAGCUCAGUGGCCUAGAUAGCAUUCUUCGCACCAGUCGAAAGACAACCUGAAACCACUAGUAAACUCUGAACUCCCAGUCCAAACCCAUUGCCUUGGCCAAUGUGUGUACAUGUAGUACCAUCAUUCACACUGUUGUUCUGUGAUCAGUAGAAAUGCCUUACUACAUUAAGACCUCUUGAAGUGUGCAUACUGCCUUAUUCAGCAUUAACCCUGACAUUUCGUUCAAAUGACCAGCUCACUGAACUUCAUUAACCAGUUUGGUUUCACUUUUCUUGAAGUGGACUUGCAUAAGUAUUCACCCCAUUGAAAUUCUCCACAGUGUUACAACCUGGAAACGAAAUGAACGAAAUUGAGAUUAUCGUAAGUUGAAAAAGAAUCAAUGUGAUUCAUAAAAGGUGUAAAGGUUGGGAUUGCAUAAAUAUUCACCUCACUGCUGUGAAACCAGUUGCCAUCAGGAGUAACACAAUUAGUUGUAUGGAGUUGACCUGUGUACAAUUAAAGCGUCACAGGAUCUCAAUUCCUGGAAGCUCCCAAAGUUUUCUAGAGAGUGAUCCUAAUCAAAGAACAUCAUGAAGACCAAGGAACUAUCAAAAAAUUGCAAGACAAAAUUCUUGAAAAGAAUUAAUCAGGAUUUGGUUAUAUGUAGAAUAUGGCAUAGUCAUGACUCUAGAGGGCUCUAGAGGAGGCCGCUCACCAAAAGUCUGUGAGUGGGUAAGGAGGGGAUUAGUCAGAGAAGCAACAAGUCAAAGUCCCUCUCACACCAGAAUCUGGUCUACCCAGGCAGUCUCCUGUCCCAGUACUAACCAGCUCCUUGAGGCGUAUGGGUGUGGCGCCGAGCUCCGUUUCGAUAGCCCUCAGCCUCUCACCUAUACAGCUAGGGUUACAGUGGGAGGCUAGUCCUCUGGUAACCGCGAGAGUUUGACUUCCCCACGCGCAUCUGUAUUGCAGUGUGCCUUGCCAGAUGGCAGUAGGUACCAUUUUUAUGAUGGUCUUUGGUAUGACCCGACCGCGAGUAGAACUUGCAGUCUCCUGAUCGAGAGGCGGACAUGCUAACUACUAGUCCAACUCGCGGUUGAAGCAACAAGUGGUGUAUAGAAUUUCAAAGAAGGUGAAUAUUUAUACAAGCCACUCUAAGUCAAAUUCCAAAGCAAACAAGAAACAGUGAAUGAAUUUUUGGUGCACAUCCAGCUAUAGUUCGAUGGUGUAUUUUGGAAAAACAAGCUUCCAAUUUUUGGCUGGUUAUCAGUGUGAGGCUCGCAGCCAGAAAGGGUUAAAUUAUAACUGUAUUCAAAGAGAUACAAACAGUAAAGAGAUAUGGAGCCACAAUGUUAGAAAGAUUGUUGCGACAUAUCUGAUUAUAAGCUGCUUUUUCAAAGCUGCUUUUCACAAUUAUUAUUUAGUUUUUUAUAAUAGGGUUAGUAUUUAUUAAAUCAUGACCUCUUGUAUUUACACAGAAUUUAUACAGCCAACUCGUGUUAGGCGACUCUUCAUGUAGCAGUGAUUUGGCCCCUUUUGUAUGAGUUCAUGCAAUAUAACAGAUCUGCAGGAACAUCAAUGAAGCAUCAGUUUCUACGUCCAUUUCUGGUAAUUCGUUUUUUAAUCAAAAGGAGGUAAAAAUGAUCAAUGAAUUUUACAAUACCUUUCAUUUUGUCUAGUAACAUUUGUCCUGCCUUAACGGAUGGUACUAUUAGGUAUUUCAUGUAAUAUUAAGUAUUAGGCUAUUAUGAUAAUACAGUAUUUGUAUAUGAAAGUGUUAUUCUGUGAAUCACCUAAAGGAGAAACAUUUAACGUAUGAUUUUAGUGUCUUGUUUAUAAGUUUGUAUUGCAAAUUUUUGAAAUCGGGACCACAAAAACGUCAAUAAGUGGAACAAUACUGCAUACCAAAUUGUGUCUUAUGAAUACAGGAAUUUCUCUGCAUUCUUUAAACUCUUUAGGAGAAACAGAUUUCAUAAAGUAGUGGUUAUACUCUGUAUGUGUAUACAUAUACUGUACAAACGUAGGUAUUUCUAAAUCCAUGAGUGAUGAAUACCUCAAUAGUGUGAGUAUUUGCAACAUGCUGCAUUGGUAAUCAUUUGCCACCAAGCCAUAACUGGGCGGUGUGAAUAACCUGGGCGUGGUACUGAGUUGUUAGAAUUAGAAAUGUGAUAAUUAGAAAUGCAUACUGUAUUUUGAUUUGAGGUGUCUUGUAAAUGGUUCUGUUACAUCGUCCGUAUCAUCUAUAGUAUUGUGACACAAUAUCUACAACUUCAAAAUCCUUAAAAAAUUAAAUUAAUUAAGAGAUGGGCGCUACUACAUUAUAACUCUUAUCAUAAAAUCCAAAUGUUACCUUCAUGAAUAUCAUCCCACAGCAGCUAAGUACUGUUAUAAAUGAUUACGAAAAACCAGCAACAUUUGUCAUAUAACACUGCCCACUUUAUUAAUGAAAACACCCUCUGUGUAAAACCAUUCAUCUGAUUCAUCAAAAAGAAAUUGGCUGGGAUUUUUACAAUAACAGGAUUUUUAAUCAUCUGGAUGAGGAAUCAUCAAAAUAUAAUCAAGAUAUAAUCAAAGGUGGGGGAAAAGAAUGCUAAUUGUUAUGGAUGGAUAGAGGAAGCUGUUAAAUGUUUAAAAAAAGCUUUGUGUCAUGAAUACAAUAUUUCCUUGUUUUUUUACAUUUCAUAGCUGUAAUUAGUUAAUGACUGGAUUGCAUUUGGUUUCAAAUCAAAUUGCGAAGUAUUGUGUAAAUUUUCAGUCCAUAUUCAUUUCUGAUUUACUAAA